AUGCAUUUCUUCCAGGCCAUUAUCGCUCCGGCUAUCAGCCUCACUCUUUUUCACUCCACAGCUCAUGCCGUCGGCAUUUCCUUCUCGCAAAACGCAGACUGCAGCCAACCCACCCUACGAUGCAAUAACAUCCCCGCACAGAUCUGCUGCAACAACAACCACGGUUUGAUCGACUGGUAUGUCAAAUUCACGGACUAUGCCCACAGCCAUAGUACUCUCCUCGUCGCCUUUACAGGAGGGCAAGCGGGCUGUGGUACCAGUUGUGCAUCGCGGGUUGGUGUUGAUCCACAACAGCCACAGGGAUGUUUCUCGUGCGAUGACGUAAACAAUGAAAGGCUUCGCGGUGCCCAGUGGAUCUUUAAGUCUGUGGAUCCCUUAGGAAGUGAGGCCACGAGCAGUACGAGAGCGACUGAAGCUACUCCGAGUGGCACCACUCAGCCAUGUCGCCAGCCUGAUAUGGCGAACAUUGACGGGCACUGGUUCCAUAUCAACUAUGGCAUUCCACAGGCACACACGGAUGCCAUUGUUGACUUGGCAGUCAGCGGAGCGUCGUUGCAAAAAGUGGGUGAGGAGUUAUUGCAGUGGAAGGUUGCAGAGCCGGUCACUGAGCCAAAUGCUUCAUCGUUAGGUGGACAUAGCGAGCUGUAA